GAGCAGUGCGGCGAUCGGUGGUGCGCUGUGUCCCUCGGGCACAGUGGAUCACUGAUCAAUGGAAAGAGCCGAAGAUGUCGGCUCGUUCAUGUGAUCAGCUGUGUCCAAUCACAGCUGAUCACAUGGGACAUGUACACUGAUCAUCAGAGCACUGAUGAUCAAUGUGCCCUGAUGAUCAGUGUAGCCCCAGCAGUGCCACCUGUCAGUGUCCAUCAAUGCCAGCUGUCUGUACUCAUCAAUGCCACCUGCCAGCGCCCAUCAGUGCCUCAUCAAUGCCACAUAUCAGUGCCUACCAGUGCACAUCAAUGCCACAUAUCAGUGCCCAUCUGAGCUGCCUUUCAGUAUCACCUAUCAGUG